AAUAGCUUCUAUAAGUUUCCAUCAUGGCUCCUGUGGAUAACUCACCUUCAAGUAACAUGAGUGGUUUUGAAUUAAUUUGUACUCUUCAAUCGAACGAUACUAUUCCGGUUCAUAAAUACAAAUCAACAAAAACAGGAAUUACUCUUUUUAUCGCUGAAGUUAAUGGUCCAGUUGUUGGAGGAAACUUUUGUAUAGCUACUCAAGCUUUUGAUGAUGAUGGAUUACCGCAUACCCUGGAACAUCUGAUAUUCUUGGGAAGUGAAGAUUAUCCUUAUAAAGGUGUUCUUGACCUCUUAGGGAACAGAUGCCUCGCUUCUGGUACUAAUGCUUGGACCGACAAAGAUCAUACUAAUUAUACGAUGACCACUGUUGGCAGUGAAGGCUUUUUGUCAUUGAUGCCAAUUUAUCUAGAUCAUAUUCUUUUUCCUAAUCUUACGGAUCAUGCAUUUCUUACUGAAGUUCAUUACAUAUCAGGUGAAGGAGAAGAUAGAGGAGUUGUUUACUGUGAAAUGCAAAGCAAAGAAAAUACUGGAGAAAGUUUGUCUAUAAAUGAAUUAACUAGACUUAUUUAUCCAGGAAGAUGUGGCUAUAAAUCUGUAACUGGAGGUAUCAUGAAGAAUCUCCGAGAAAGUACAACGAAUGAAAAAGUACGAGCUUAUCAUAGAGAAUAUUACAGACCUGAAAAUUUAACCAUAAUCAUCACAGGUCAGAUACAGCAUGCAGAAGUAUUCAAAGCACUACGUCCAAUAGAAGAGAAAAUUUUGUCUAAAGGUAGUCGCGGGCCUUUUGAACGUCCUUGGCAAGACCCAGUUCCUCCGUUCACAGAAAGUGUAGUUAAAAACAUUUAUUAUCCAUGUGAUGAUGAAGACAAUGGUAUUGUUAGUGUUGGAUGGCGGGGUCCAUCCGGAGUGAGUGAAAUUUACGAUUUCACAGGAUGUUCAUUGCUUCUGAAAUAUCUCACAGAUAAUUCCGUGAGUCCAUUACAAAAAGAAUUCGUUGAAGUUGAUGAUCCCUAUGCAUGUAAUGUUGAGUUAUAUUUAGUAGAAAAUUCAAUAUCAAUGCUGUAUCUCAUGUUUAGCGGUGUUCCUAUUCCGAAAAUACCUUUAGCCCAAGAUCACUUGAAAAAAGUUUUAGCUGAUGUGUAUAAUAAUCCUAAAGGUAUUGAUAUGAAGAGAAUGGCAACCGUAAUUCAUAGACAUGAAUUAGAGACUUUAAGUAAUCUAGAGAACAUGCCACAUGACACAAUGACCUUAGCGAUAAUUGGCGAUGUUCUUUAUGGACAAACUAUUGAUGAUUUAAAGCAACGACUUAAUACUAUUGAUCAUCUUAAAAAAUUAGCACAAGAGCCAGAAUCUUAUUGGUUAAAUCUACUGAAAAAGUAUCUAAUUGAUGCACCAAUGGCAGUUAUAAAUGCAACACCAAGUAUUUCAACGCAAAAAGAAAUGGAAGAGUUUGAAAAAAAGCGCAUCGCUGAAAGAAUUAAAGAACUUGGAAAAGAAGGCUUAGCUAAAAAAGAACAAGAAUACCAAGAAGCUGUAAAACACAAUGAAGCUCCUAUUCCAGAUGAAAUUUUAACUCGUGUUCCGGUUCCAGGAACAGAUUCAAUCAACUUUCAUCACGUAAAGAGCUACUCUACUGGAACUGAAGAUCAACAUCCUCGAUUCGACACUAACAAGAUUCCUAUUUACACUUGUUUAGAUCAUGUAAAUACGAACUUUACGUACAUGUUUAUUAUUAUGGAUACUGCUGGUUUAGAAAGAAAAGCAAGGCCCUAUUUGCCUUUGAUUUUAGAAGCUAUUGGAGAAUGUCCAAUAGAUAGAAAUGGAGAAUUGAUUCCUUAUGAAGAUGUCGUUGCAGAAAUUGAAGCUGAUACUAUUGCUAUUAGCACUAGACUAGGUUUUGAUAGCAGAUCAAGAUUCUCUUGUGGAACGUAUAGUCACAGUGCCAAUUUAAUUCUUCAGAUAGAGAUAUCAAAAUAUAAUAAAGGUAUUCAAUGGAUUAAAGAAUUAUUAUACAAUACGAAAUUCACUCCCGAGAGAUUGAAAAUUAUUGCUGCAAAAUUAUUGAAUGAAAUCACUCAGUAUAAAAAAGCAGGCCACAAAGUCACUGGUGAUUUAAUGAAAGGCAUGAUUUACGAUAAAGACAGUAAUCAUUUCAAUGUUAGUAUGUUGCGUCAACAACAAUUCUUGACCAAGCUUGUAGAAAGAUUGAAUAAAAAUGAAGGUCAAAAGGAAGUCAUCUCUGAAAUCGAAGAUAUCAUGAAGAUUUUGACUUUGAAACGGAACCUGACGCUGUUUCUUGCUUCUAAUGUUGAUAAACUAAGUUCACAAAUAUCAGAACUUUAUUCACCAUGGGAUAUCAUCAAAUUUGAUGAUUCUGAAAAAUCUAAGCUAAACGUGACUCCUGAUUGGAAAUUAAUAAAAGCGAUAAAUGAAAUACCAAUCGAAGGUUGUGUAUUAAGUCUGGGUAGUGCUGAAUCUUCUUUUCUUUCACAUGUUGGACCUUGUCUAAGUGAUUUCGAGAGUUCUGACUUAGCACCAUUACUUGUUUGUCUUCAGUAUCUUACUCAAGUGGAGGGGCCAAUGUGGAGACAAGUUCGAGGACAAGGUCUCGCCUAUGGUUGCAACAUCUAUGCAAAACCAAAUGAAGGUCUUUUAUACUUGACCUUCUACGCGUCUACAGACAUAGUCGCUGCAUAUAAAGAAACAAAAACUAUCAUAAACAAUCUCAUCACCAACAAUUCAUGGGAACAACUCUUGUAUGACUCUGCUAAGUCAUCACUUAUCUUUGAAAUUGUGAAAAGAGAAAAAAGCAUUGGAGAUACUGUCUCUCAGUCAAUUUUGUCAUAUUUUAAAAAUGUAUCUCAUGAUUAUAAUCGAUCCAUGGUCCAGAAAAUUUAUACAGUUGAUAUUAAGGAUUUGAAUGAUGUUGCUAAUAAGUAUAUUAAGCCACUUUUCGAUCCAAAAGUAGGUAAAACAUCGAUAGUUUGUCACCCAUCAAAGGUUUCGGAAGUCGCUGAAGGUUUUAAAAACUUCAGUAAAAAUUUGAAGGUAUUCACGUCACUUGAAAGCAGUUACCUAAAUGAAUGGUAAUUUAUUGACAGCUUUUAUUAAUUAAUUGCUUGCCUAUAUUGAAAAUGAAAGCAAAAAAA